CAGGAGGCUGGGGGCGUGGCCUUAAACGGAAGCAGAAAGUUAAGGAUGACGCCGUGCGAAAUUCAAAUUAGUUUGACAAACCAUUUCGGUCAAAGUGACUUUUUGUCAACUGUUGCUUCACCGAAGACGGAUUCAAUCGCUUUUAGGCGUCUUGUGCACCCGCUGGCAUAUUUAUAACUCCAACAAACGCCAUCUGUUCGAGCGGCUGGAGAAGCGAGGAUGCCGGUGGAAAGGAGCGAGCCCCGCUUGGCCGAGGAGCUUCACAAAUACUACGAGCUUUAUGAAACUAUCGGCUCGGGCGGCUUCGCCAAAGUGAAACUCGGUCGGCACAUCCUGACAGGCGAGAAGGUGGCCGUUAAGAUCAUGAACAAGAAGGACCUCGGGGAUGAUUUGCCUCGUGUGAAGGUGGAGAUGGAGGCGAUGAAGAACCUGAGUCAUCAGCACAUCUGCCGUCUCUACCAAGUCAUUGAGUCGCCCACUCAGAUCUUUAUGAUACUAGAGUACUGCCCUGGGGGAGAGUUGUUUGAUUACAUCAUAGCCAAGGACCGUCUGUCAGAAGAGGAGACGAGAGUGUUUUUCAGGCAGAUUGUGUCUGCCAUGGCCUACGUUCACAGCCAGGGUUACGCGCACAGAGACCUCAAACCGGAAAACUUGUUGAUAGAUGGAGACCACAACCUGAAGCUUAUAGAUUUCGGCCUUUGCGCCAAACCCAAGGGAGGUCUUGGCUACGAGCUGAUGACAUGCUGUGGAAGCCCAGCUUACGCUGCUCCAGAGCUCAUCCAGGGAAAAGCUUACAUUGGUUCCGAAGCUGACGUGUGGAGUAUGGGCGUGCUGCUGUUUGCUCUGCUGUGUGGCUAUCUGCCCUUUGAUGACGACAACUGCAUGGUCCUCUACAGGAAAAUUACUAAAGGAAAAUAUGACAACCCCAACUGGCUCUCCCCGGGCAGCGUCCUCCUGCUCAACCAAAUGAUGCAGGUGGACCCCAAGCGGCGUGUGACAGUGCGCCAGCUGCUGGACCACCCGUGGGUGACCAAGGACUACAACAGCCCCGUGGAGUGGUACAGCCAGCAGCCGCUGGGUCACAUAGAUGAGGACUGCGUCACAGAGAUGGCCGUCAACAUGAAGCGAUCCAGAGAGAGCACCACCGCGCUCAUCAGGGAGUGGCACUACGACCACCUCACGGCCACAUACAUGCUGCUCCUGUCAAAGAAGCAGAGGGGCAAGCCUGUACGUCUCCACCGCGAGCCCCUCGCCAGCGAAGACGCCAUCUCUCCACUACAUGGGCGAUCACAGACUAAAAAAACUCUUCAUUUCACCGAUGACGACGAUGCUGUCAUUCUGGGUCGCGUGGACCUUUGCUCAGACUACAUGGACGACUGCCCGUGGGUAUCUGUCACGCGGCACACCCCCCAAGGAGCGGGAGAGAAAACGCAGCGCACUAUAGAUGAUAAGAGGCUGGCGUCUCCCCUCGUGGAGAACAGAUGUGUUCAGACCACGACCCCUGAAAAGGGUCACGCCCCGGCGCAGCACCGCCAGGAGAGGAAACGCCGAGACCGCGACCCGACCUGCGAGAACAAGGAGAAUGUGGCCCUGCAGGAGACUGACGUGGAGAUAUUUGCGCUGCCUCCGCCUCGCACUCCCGCCUCUGGCAAGAAGCACCCACGCCCCGGCAGGAAUGUGCUGACCACGCCCAAUCCAAGCUUGUCCAAUGGUACCAGAGGCACUGCUCUUACACCUAAAGUUGGAGGCAGCGGUUCUAAAGAGCUGGUUAAGAAGAAGGCAGCAGAGAGCAAAGAGUCGACGAACCUGGAGAUCCUUGCUUUCAGCCCUGAGCGAAGGUCUCGCUCCCUAGACAUGGCGGCCAGCGACAGCGGCAAGAAGAAGAAAGCAGGCCGAGUGUUCGGCUCCCUGGAGCGAGGCCUGGACAAGGUGAUCACCAUGCUCACCCCCGGCAAGAGGCGGGCGCUACGCGACGGCCCGCGCAAGAUCAAGGCUCAGUACAACGUGACCCUGACCGGGCAGACCAACCCAGACCAGGUGCUCAAUCAGAUCCUCUCCGUCCUGCCAUCCAAGCACGUGGAUUUCAGCCAGAAAGGGUACACGGUGAAGUGUCGGACCUGGGACGACUUCGGCAAGGUGACCAUGGCCUUUGAGCUGGAGGUGUGUCUGCUGCACAGGCCAGAGGUGGUCGGGGUGCGUCGACAGCGCCUGAAAGGAGACGCUUGGGUCUACAAGCACCUGGUGGAGGACAUCCUCUCCACAUCCAGCAUCUGAGCAACAACCCGCUCCUUUUUACACCCUUCAUGUACAGGUAGUCCCUUUUUAUAUACAUUAAUGUACAAUUAUUUCUGCAUCUCUCAAAGUCUGCUUGACUUAUGAGCAUGAAUACGCUUAAUAUACUUGCUGUCUUUUUCAUGUGCAUUAGGCGAAUAUUUGUAUCAGUAUAUGUAUGUCUGACCUGUUGGUCACCAAAUAUGUUACAUCUACGGACUGAAUAAUAGUACUUUUUAAUAAAAAACAUUAAAUAUUUG